AUGACUACGGAUUCUGCGCUUUCGUUGGUCUUUCCCCAUCCAACGAGUAUGAUGUAUACCUAUGUUCCGCCGUCUACUAACGCGCUGCACUGCGAUUCUAGGUACCAUUCGACCGAGUCUCUAAUCCUUCCGAAAAAGCGACGCUUCUUUCCCUUUAAGAUCCCAAAUUUCCAUCAACAACUGCGAAACUAUAUCAGCACCGCUGACCCCGAUAGGAUUUACGUUGUCGUCGACAGAGUCAUAUAUAUAAUUCACAUAUCAUCGCAAAAACGAGAGACUCUAGCUGUUAUCCCGUUCGAACCGAAAUGUCUUGCUGCGGGUUACGGUUGGAUCGCGGUUGGAGGUUCAGACAAUGGUGAAUGUGCUUUAAUCAGGAUUUCCGACCGGGGAGUGCGUGUACAGGAGGAUACAUCAACUUCUGAACCUUUAGAUGUUGACAGUGCCUUGCCGAUUGAUCUUGGUGCGCCUACAAGAAUCUCCCAAUCCUGGUUUUCUGGCGACGAACCGGAUUCAAUACAGGAAGCCGACCACGUGCAGCUGCCGGGUGUCCAGCUGCAUAAGUUUGGUGGCAGCAUCGUGAACUCCGUGACUAUCCACCGGCUACCUGGUGAUGGAAAAGGCUUAGCGGAUGAGGACAUCAUCAUUCUCAGUAAUAAUGACAAGUCGGUCACCGUUUAUUCUCUAACCCGUUCGAAGGUUCUCAAGGUCCUCAAUCACCCAGCAUGCAUGAAUUAUGCGAUCGUCUCACCAGACUCUACCAUCCUGGCUGCAGUUGGUGAUGAAACCCGCGCGUAUUUCUACGAUAUUACCCGCGACUUCGAUACAACCGUCCUAACAACGAACGGUGAAAAGCUUACAGGCUGGAACUGGGAUCCUCUCCGUUCCAUUGAAAUGGAUAUCGGUACUCGGAUCGAUGAUGGUUGCUGUUUUACUGUUGCAUUCUCCCAGUUUAGUCGACUGUGUGCCAUUGGGUCUCAAUCCGGGGUUAUCACUGUUUUUGAUGUUAAAACGCUUCGGGAUAUUACCCAUGAACCAAAUGAGAAGAGCUCGAUAAUAUGUCAUUUCAAUUCUUCAAGGCUUUGUUGCAAUGGUGGUGCUGUGCGCUGUAUGACUUUUGCGCCCGAGCCUUGGGACCUCUUAGUGUGGCUCGAAGACAAGGGCCGGGCUGGAAUUGCAGAUGUCCGCCAGGGUUUUCUACGCAGGCAGAUCAUCCAUCUGGACAGGAAUGAUCCUGAGAUCGAGGAAAUUCGUACUGAGCCCAUCUUGGACGAAUCGGUGGGUUUAGAACUUGAAACUGAUGGCCGGUCCAGCCCAGGAUCCAGAGCAGAUGCAGGACAGCGGGCCGCCCUGGGAUCCAUCGACACUCCGCCAAAUGAAUUGGGUGGGGAAGCGUCCGACAAUCCACCAUUGCGUGAUGCUCUGUUACAGGAUCUCACCGAAAGGGAGAGGUUAAUCGUAGAGUUUCUGAACACAGCUCGCUGGACCUCAAGGCUGGAAGAGGGUUUAGCAGAGAGGCGAGCCAGAGCCAAUGCUCCUCCGCAUCCUGCACCCCGUUUGCGCUUCCAAGGUUCCACAGAUGUGUCCAAUCGUACUUCUCGUCCCACUUCGCCCCUUCGCCAUGGGGAUUCGCUCCAGGACACGCCGCGGGACGGCUCCUCAGCGCAGCCAGGAGCCAGCGAACGCAGACACAAUGCUAGACGUCAAGCUUCUGUUAUCCUAUCCCAGGGCAACCCCGAAACACUCAAUCGAACUCCGGAGGCGGGCGGCUCAAACAUAGAACCGCAGCCAAGCAUUACACUCAGUUGGACUGCUUCACCGUCCGAGAUACAAUCGAUCGUAUCCGACACUCGUCAGCGUGCUGCAGACUCGUCGAGCGAUCAGAGUAGUUCUAGUGGUAACGAAGCGGGCGUAGGAAAUCGAAGUUAUGGGACUUUGGGGCGCCCGUCCGCCACUUUGGACUACUCCACGGCCCCUGUAGAGUCAAUACCACGGCCACGGGACCAUCAGCGAUCCCGUUCCGGGCACAGACAUACUGAGAGACAAGACAACCCGACUGGUACCCGACACGAACCUCUACGUGUAUCAAAUACAGAACUGCGAACCAACGUGGCGGCAGAGCGCCUUCGACGACAAAGACAAGUGGUCAAUGAAACACAUACCCGAAACCACCCGCGGUAUCGGCAGCAAAUAUUAGGCAUUGACAACAGCCGCUCUCCUCGCUGGAUCAGGAGUAUCUUAAACGAGCUUCCAGACCGCAGUUUGGGAGUUGGACACAGAGACCAGGAGCCAGGGAGUACUGCUGGAAUUGGGUGGGGUGCAGACGGCAGAACAUUGUACGUCGCAACUGUCGAUGGUAUAUUCGAAUACCAGCUUAACAUUGGGGACCGGAAGACAUUCCCCGUUGUCAAUUACCGCUAGAACAACAUCCUGUUUCAAGGUCUUCUUGCGCAGCUAGGCUAUGACUUUUCACUUCCAAACUUGACGUCGCUUAAUGUUGAAUUAAUAUGAUCCGGUAACCUUUCUGUGAAAGGAUUCAUGGUGGCAACGGGAGAGGAGUAUAGUUGACAGUGUUGGUGUUCAGUUUGUUAUUAUUUCCUCCGUCUUCGAGUUUGGGCUUGAUGUGCGAUCUCUCGCAUCAUGAUAUCUUGGAGAUACCAUUUUUUUUUACAUUCGCUUCUUUCUCUUCCUCUUCCUUCUUUCCUUUACUCGCCAAGUUUACUUCAUCUCCUAGCUCAGUUAAGGAGUCGCUCUACUCGCUAUCUUCAGAGGCAUCCAUUUGUGCAUAGUUGAUUCAUUUGUCUCGUUGCAUUUGGUUUCAGGAGUUUGGGAAAGGAGAUG